AUGCCCGAGUUAGGUGCCUUGAAAUCCCGUAGAGGCCAAUUAAAGGCCAAGCUAACAAGAUUUAUAAAUCACCUGUCAAAUGUUGACAAAAAUGUGGAAAUAAAUCGGACAGAAUUGAGGUGCCGUCGGGAAAAGAACGAGGAUGUUUGGCAAGAGUUUGAACAGGUACAAAGUGCAAUCGAGCUGUUACUGAAUGAUGAAGAAGAUGAAGAAACAACGAACUACCGCGUGGAAUUCGAGGAUGCAUAUUUUAAUGCCAUUUCAUUAUGCGAUGAUUUAAUGUAUGACAGAAAUAAUGAGCAAAUCGAAAGUCAAGGUAACGCCGACGUUAUGCGUAAUAGUAACAUGCUUGUUCCGGCUCCACAGAUGACGGCAAGUAGUGGUGGGGGAUUUUGUUGCAAUAAUUCCAAUGCACCAAUACAACUAGCGGCGAUAAGUCUACCGACAUUUUCAGGUAUAUAUAGUGAAUGGCCUACAUAUUACGAUAUUUUUGGAGUAAUGGUACACAAAAAUGAUCGAAUAAGCGACAUUCAACGGUUUUUCCAUUUGCGCGCAUCGUUAUCGGGUGAAGCGGCUCAAGUCAUACAAGGCAUAGAGACGACCGCCGCCAAUUACAGUAUCGCUUGGGAAAGUCUGAUUGCCAGGUAUAACAAUAAAAAGGUGCUUAUUCAAUCACAUACUAGAGGCUUGUACGAAUUAUCAGUGAUAAACGAAGAAUCCAAACAAUUACGAAAAUUAAUUGAUAAAUUAAAUUGUCAUAUCAACGCUUUGGAGUCCUUGGGAGAAAAUCCUCGUGGGUGGGGAUCCAUGUUAAUUCAUUUAAUUACGAGCAAAUUAGAUAUUAGCACCAUAAAAGCAUGGGAAACAAUUGCACCGAAAGACGAAAUACCACCAAUUCAAGUACUGAUACAAUUUUUAGAAAAACGUUUUAAAAUAGUAGAAGCUGUUGAAUCGGUAUCACAAAUGAAUAUCAAAGAAAGCUCGGAUUCGAAGGGAAAUAAGAAAAUCAAUAAAGGUUAUCCCAAGGAGAAAACGUAUUAUUCAUUCGCGGCUACCGAUAUGACCAAAUGUUACAAUUGUAAUUUACCACAUACUAUUUAUAAGUGCCCUGCAUUCCUAGCAUUAUCAGUACCCGACAGAAUAAAUAAAGUAAAUGCACUAAAGUUGUGCAAAAUAUGUAUGCGUCCACACAAUGACAAAAAAUGUCUUGGUGAAAAAUGUUUCAAGUGCCAUAAAGCUCACAACACGAUGCUACAUUUAAAUGCGAGCAAAGACGGUGAAGAGAAUAAAAGUAAUACGAUGACAGCCGCGGGUAACGAUAAUAGUAACACAAGUCGUUCCGAUAACGAAAUCAUACCAGUCACAGCACACAGUACAGUCGCAGCGACGGCGGCUGCGCCGGAUAAACACGUUAUGUUAUCCACCGCCGUCAUAAAAGUAUAUGAUAAAAUGGGUAAUGCGAUACAUUGCCGUGCGCUAUUGGACUCUGGAUCUCAAAACAAUUUUGUCACGGAAUAUAUGGCACAAACCCUUCAAUUAGGCCGAAACAAAAUAAAGAGCGAUGUCUCCGGUAUAGGUCAAUCAGUGCACACUAUAACGUCCGCGGUGACGGUGAAGAUAAGAUCCCGCACAAGCGAUUACGAAAAAACCAUAUCUUGCUUAAUAUUACCCAGAUUAACUAAUGACAUACCCGCACAGGUCAUUGACCCAAAACGUAUAAAUGUACCAGAUAAUAUUGUAUUGGCUGACAACGCAUACAAUAAGCCGCAAAAAAUUGAUAUGUUAUUAGGUAAUGAAUUGUUUUUCGACUUAAUGCGUCCAGGGCAAAUUAAAUCGAGCAGUGCCGGGCCAAUUAUACAAGAGACGAGGUUAGGAUGGAUAAUUGCUGGUCCUAUACCAAAAUGCAAGAAUAAUAUCGAUCGGGGAAAUAUUACGUUAUUAAGCGAAAUCGUAGUAAAUAAUUUGGAGGAUCAAAUUUCGAAAUUUUGGCGCUUAGAAACUGUAUUAAAUGAUAAAACGAAUUAUACAAUGGAAGAGAAGGCUUGUCAAGCGUAUUUUAAUCAAACCGUUCGCCAAGGCGUAGACGGUAAAUUUAUUGUAAAAUUACCAUUUAAAACAGAAAUAAAAGAAAUAGGCAAUUCUUACCCGGCUGCGCUACGACGGUUUUUUUCAUUGGAAAAGCGAUUUCAAUUCAACCCUGUAUUAAAAUUGGAAUAUAGUAAAUUUAUGAAAGAAUAUAUUGAAUUAAAUCAUAUGGAUGUCGUCUUGGAAAACGAAGAAGAAAAAAUCGGUGUAAAUGACUAUUUUUUACCGCAUCAUGCCGUGAUAAAUACAAAUAGUACUACUACUAGACUGCGCGUGGUAUUUGAUGCGUCAUGCAAAACGGACAUAGGACUUAGUUUAAAUGAUGCGUUGUUAAAGGGUCCUACUAUACAGGAGGAAUUGAUUACUAUUUUGGCGCGUUUUAGAAAACAUAAAUUCGCGUUCUCCGCAGACGUAUCAAAAAUGUAUCGCCAAAUAUGGGUGGACCCGCAGCAGCGUAGCUAUCAAAAAAUUAUUUGGCGCGCAAAUCCCGAAGAGCCACUGCGUACCUAUAGAUUGAACACGGUAACGUACGGGACGGUUCCAGCUUCAUUUUUGGCGACCGGGUGUUUAGCUAAGUUAGCCGAAAAAGAAUACCACAUGUUUCCGGACGCCUGCGACGUUAUUAAAUCCGAUUUUUACAUGGACGACUAUUUGGGUGGUGCGGACACCAAAGAUAACGCGUUAAGGUUACGUAAUUCGUUAAUCGAAGUUAUGCUCCGGGGUGGUUUUCCACUAAGAAAAUGGAUGUCAAAUAGUUCCGAGCUACUCGCCGAUAUGCCCAAUAUAGGAAAUAAAUCAAUGACCAUAAUCGAGCUUGAAAAUAAAAUGACUAAAAUUUUAGGCUUAUUAUGGUGUCCGGAACGCGAUGUUUUUAAAUAUAAAAUUGAAAUAACAACGCUCAACGAUCUACCAGUUACCAAAAGAGAUAUAUUAUCACAAAUCGCUUCAUUAUUCGAUCCGCUAGGACUCGUUGGUCCUAUAGUAAUACGCGUAAAAAUAUUAAUGCAAAAAUUAUGGCAAUUACAAUGCGAUUGGGAUAAGCCUGUACCGAUUGUAAUUCAAAAAGAAUGGAAAAGUUAUGUAAGUUCUUUAAAUUAUUUACGUGAAUUAGAAAUACCUAGAUAUCUUGGUACCGAAACUGACUAUGAAAUACAAAUACAUGGCUUUGCCGACGCUAGCUUAUUAGCAUAUGGGGCAUGUUUAUACAUUCGUUGUUCGAGUAAUAAAAAUGUACACGUCACCAAACUUAUUUGCGCAAAAUCAAAAAUAGCACCGUUAAAAAUAAUAUCCCUACCUCGCCUGGAGUUAUGCGCUGCCGUAAUACUCGCGCGCUUAGCAAAUAAAGUCUUACCGAAAUUAAAAUUAAAUAUAAAAAAUAAAUAUUUUUGGACAGACUCGUCUAUAACAUUAGCUUGGAUCACUUCCCCGUCGUCAAAGUGGAAAACUUUCGUGGCUCACCGAGUAAGUGAAAUACAGGAUAUGACCAGGUUAAAUGAAUGGAAUCACGUGAGCACUCAAGACAAUCCAGCCGAUUUAAUAUCGCGCGGUUGCGGGGCCGAUCAAAUAAUAAACAAUGAUUUAUGGUGGGAGGGCCCUCAUUGGCUCGCCGAUAAUUCCGAAAACUGGCCAAAAUCAAAGAUCAACGUUAACGCCGGUAUAAUACCGGAAGCAAAAGAAAAAAUCACUUUAUUGAUAGAACCCGUAAAUGAAAACUUAAUUAAAAAUUAUUCAUCGUGGAAUAAAUUAUUACGAGUGUUUGCUUAUUGUUUACGUUUUAUUAAAAUCCGUGUCAAAAAACUUGAAGUCAUUGGUCCUAUUCAACUCGAAGAACUACGAGCAGCUGAAAUUGCCGUUAUCAAAAUAACACAAUCAUACUACUGGUCAAGUGAAAUAAAUGGUUUAAUAAAUAAUUCUAUUCUGCCGAACAACAGUAAAUUGAGAAAUUUGCAACCUUUUUUAGAAAAUGGAAUUAUGAGAGUCGGUGGUCGAUUAAAAAAUGCUCUAUAUUUAGACCAAUUUCAACGUAGUCCUAUUUUAAUACCUCAAAAUAGCACUAUUGCAAAUUUAAUAUUGCAAAAUGAACAUGAAAAAUUGAUCCUCAAGCUAUGUUGGCCAAUACACGAUUGA